UACUACGACGAGGAUUCCGGCGGCUAUGUUACAGUCGACAACUUCCAUGACCUCGGUGACGACAUUGAUCGAAGUCGUCCACCACCGAGUUUCACAGUUCCUUAUUAUCAUGGAGAUGGCGAUAACAUAUGUAUGGAUAGCUACAAUGCUCGGUACAUGGUAGAGCUGCUGGCUGUGCGUCCUCGCUUCAGCUUCGUAGGCACCUUUGUUGCCUUUACCGAUUAUUCUGAAUGCUACUCAUCUUCACAAAGAGGACAAGAUUCGAAGGGUUAUUUAAAGCUACAUUCAGAAGGCCAGGCCAUUAGUGACCAAUUCUCUAUUAGGAUUACUAUCCCAGAGAAUGGCAACAGGAUAACUGAUGUAGGAGUGUUCUCCUACACAGUGGACCCUUACACGUGCGACAUUGCUGUAACGCACACCAUCUCAACUCGACGCGGCAGGAAAAUGGACGUUACUUUUGUGCCGAUACACACUGCUACACAGGUCAAUGUGUACGUCACCCUUGAUCUCAUAUCUAGUGGCAGCAUCUACUAUGUCUAUGGUGGAAUUACUGCAUGCCACCAACUCUAUGGCGGCAAGGAUGUCAUUCUCUUUUCUCAUGGAAAAGAGGACAAAGCAAAGGUUAUAGAUGGCAAACUUCCACUGUCACGCAACUGGGCUGCUGUACCAAUAUACUUGAAGCCUCUCCUGACAAUCAAGAUGAACCUGUGCGUUACAUCUAAUCAAGAUCAUGAUGAUCAUGGUCGUACCAUCUCCUUCCAAGGUGAUAUUACCUUCUAUCGUGACGAUCCUGAAAAGACAAUCUGCACUGAAGACAAUGAUAAAGUUAAAGUGAAGAUUGCAUACCGGUAAUUGAUGUGUUAAGAUACAAGAGACAGAUCGUUGUAAACUGCGCAGCCCUUCAUGUGUUUUUUGUUUGGUUUGUGUAAACCUAUAAAUCUGAAACAUGGUGUGACACGUAGCUAAGAUAUAAGGUUACAUCUGCACUAGGGUGGUUGCUAGCAUCCAUCAUACUAGCUCUGUCCAUAAAAA